GCGAAACCCCUUUCCGCUGCUGCCAACGUUACGACCGUUCCAUUGCUCGAAUGGGUUUUGAAUGGGCGAGGGACCACUUUUGCUAACGACAGAAUAUUGUCAUUUUCCCUCAACUAUAUUUUAAUAUCCGCACAAUACAGAGAAAGCCUAAAAGAUAAUUUUCGAGGAAUUACAUGUUGCUACUGCUGGAGACGUGUCACCUUGAAUUCUGCCUGCCCGGAAUGACUGAACAACGCUCGCAGCUAACGCAAAGCUGACCGACAGUCCUCGUAGACUCACCGCCACAGAGUCAGAGUGGAAAGUGGGUUAGUUUUAACGCUUUCAUAUGUUUAUGGAGUUUUUAAAUAACAGUUUUGUCAUUUUACGCUGAAGUAUAAAAUGGGAGUAGUACUGCGGAAUCUCCAAAAGGUGGUGCCUCUUCGCCGCGCCAGGCUGCGCAAGGAUGUUGACACACUGAGGCACAUACUGGGCAUCCAUAAAUUUGACUUGGGCAUCGUUUGCGUGGAUAACCACAGGAUCCAGCAAAUAAAUCACACGUACAGAAAGAAAAAUGUGCCCACGGACGUCCUGUCAUUUCCAUUCUACGAGGAUCUGAGACCUGGUAAACUGCCUUGCCCCCUUCACAGGGAUGAGCUGAACCUUGGGGACAUUUUCUUGGGGGUUGAGUUUGUGAUGCAGCAGUGCAGGGAGGAAUCCCUAGAUCUGCAUGCAACCCUCACUGUCGUCACUGCACAUGGAAUCUGUCACCUAUUGGGCUACAGACAUGAGACAGAAGAAGAAUGGACAGAGAUGCUGCAGAGGGAGAGCUACAUCCUGAGUGAGUACAACAGACUCACAGGAAGACAUCUGGAGCCACUGAUGAAGAGAUGCAGUCAGGAUAGGUGACAGUGACCAUCACCUACUACUAACGUUAUAAUUGCACUCAGUGCACUAUGGUGCUUGAUAUUAUUCACUAUCCUGUAAACAGGUGGACUACUGUUUUAUUCACUGGCAUGCUGUCUUUUCCACUAUCACAAUCUGCAGCAACUUUUUUAAGGACUGGCAGAGGACAUACAGUGAUGUGAUUGUGGACACCAUUUCCAAAUACUGGAUGUGUGUGUUAAAGUUUUAAACAUCAAAUUAAAAAGUCUCUCAAAAAAGCA